GAGAGCGUCUUCGAUAUUUGUGCGCGCAGAGAGCCACGUCGUGGAGAAAGAUAUCGCUCUCUCUCUUUCUCUCUCGGAUCGUCGGGCAUCUCGUUCCCCAACGAGAGCGGAGGAAGAAAACCGGAGACGUAUGUUAACCGGCGGGUUGCACGUUAACACUUCGUCGUAAUUGCCGGAGCAAUUGUGACAACAGAGGAACGUAUGUUGCCGCGCGUGCGAUGAGAUCUCGCGGGAGCUAGGAACGCCGCUUCCACCUCGUGCUGCAAGCGGCACGCGAGUGCGCGGGAUUAGUGCUAUUGGGUACUGGUAGAUUUUGUAAUCCGAAGGGCUGUGUGAUAAGUUAUCAUCAACGUUUGCUACGCUUGCUACGAUCCGCGCCAAGCACAAUUCUCUCGUCUCGCGGCUGGACUGCUCGGGAAUGGCUCGAUUCCGCUGCCCGGCCGCAUUGCUAGUCUAACUUCCUCGCUAAGGGUGAAAGGGAGAGAGAGUGAGAGAGAGAGAGGGAGAGCUUCAACCAAUACACCAUCGUCCAUCAUGAAUACAACGCAAGAACCGAAGCCGUACGUUUCGCCGCAUGGGUGCCUGGGUUGACGAUCGUUUCGCGGAGGAGGAGGCGGUCCCAAGUAAUCAAAGUACCAGUUGGACUUGGAGAAUCCGGGGCCACGAUUGCAAUGGUGGUGGACCAUUGCACGGUCGACCGGGUGCCGACUAUCAAUCGCCAACAGACAGCUUCACGUCGACUUGGUCGUCAGGAUCCCUGUUACCGUUGCGCCGUCAGUUCACCAGGCAGCUCUACGAGUGGCCUUGUUUACCGUUGUUUAAGUCAAGGACGAAACUAGAUCUCUGUUGAAUCGCAUUGCAUUCCGUUGCGUGAGAAGCGGAGAGGGGCGAGUUUUCCCGAGUUUUCGUUUAGUGUGCUUGUGUCGUUUGUAUGUGUGCAUGUGCGUGCGUAUCGUACGGAAGCGGCGCCGAGGAGAAAUCAGUUGGAUCGCCGUCGCGAGCCGAAAGUGCGAGUCGCCGGCACUUCCCUUCGUCCCAUCAGCAUGGCCGAGUGGACCAAGUUCAACAGUGAGGACAAGCUGACUCAAUUGACCGACGAACGAACGAUCAACGGCAAGAUCGCGGGCCAGUCGUACGGAACCGAGGUGGAAGCGAGCGAAGAUGAAGGUCAGGACAAGGACGCGUCGAACGACCGAGGCGAUCGAGAGCACGAGGAGCCUGCUACGUUUCGCAACAACAGCUCCGAGUCGCUAAAGAACUUGCGAAAGGAAGAAGAGGAAGAAAAAGAGAGCCGACUCAUGGAGGGCGAUGGAUUCGCAGAAGUCAAGACGGGGGAAUCGGGCGCGAGGAUACGCCGGGAGGCGCUGAAGGAGCUGAAGGAAGCCUCGCAGAAUUCCCCGAGGAGGCCCAACAGCCUGUACAAGGAGGACGCGCCCAGUCCGCAGAAGCUGAAGAGGAACGCGAUUUUCGGCUCGCCCACCAGGAUCCUGUCGUCCAAGAGCCACUCGUCGACGGAGAAGAGCACGGAGAAGCUGGUGAACGGCAAGUCGCCCAGGGAGGACAAGCAGCAGCAUCACGUGCAGUUCAACAAGGAGCAGUCGAAGAAGCAGCAACUGCGGAACGCGAGGGACGAUCGGCCGCACCCGAGCCCGUCGAUCUCCACGUCGACCACCAGCAGCUCCGAGGACAAUUCCAGCUUGGGGCUCUGCGAGCCUAGGCCGCCCGACGGCGGCUGGGGCUGGGUCGUCGUAGCGGCCGCCUUCAUGGUCAACCUCAUCGGCGACGGCAUCACCUUCUCCUUCGGCGUGAUAUUCGUCGAGUUCCUCAAUUACUUCGGCGCCGGGAAGUCGAAGACCGCGUGGAUCGGCAGUCUCUUCAUGGCGAUGCCGUUGCUGUCGGGACCGGUCGCCAGUUUCCUGGCCGGCCGCUACGGCUGCAGGAAAGUCUCGAUAGUCGGCAGCGUGAUGGCGACCGCGGGCUUCGUCGUCAGCUCCUACGCGAACUCCAUGGCGGUGCUGGUGCUGACGUUCGGCAUCGUCGCUGGCUUCGGCCUGGCCCUCUGCUUCGUCGCCGCUGUGGUGAUCGUCGCGUACUACUUCGACAAGAAGAGGUCCUUCGCCACCGGCCUCUCGGUCUGCGGCAGCGGCAUCGGCACCUUCAUCUUCGCGCCCGUCACGCAGUACCUCCUGGCGGAGUACGGCUGGAGAGGCACCACGCUGAUCCUGGCCGGCCUCUUCUUGAAUCUCGCCGUCUGCGGCUGCCUGAUGCGGGACCUCGAGUGGACCACCACGAAGGCGAAGGCGGACACCGAGAAGCGGAGGAAGAAUCGCGAGAGGAAGAGAUCCAAGAUGCAGAGCUCGAGCGCGGACUCUUUCUCCGCGUGCAGCUCCGCGAAUACGACCACGCAGACGCCGCACGGCGGCCCGAAGAGGGGCUUCGCCUCGACGAACGCGAUGAUCAUCGAGAACCUCCGUUCGCAGGAAGGCGGCGACGAGAACGCCGGCGAGAAGCUCUUCUCCAGCCUGGUGAGCCUGCCGACCUUCGUGAAGAACGGCGAGAAGGUGCCGCUGGAGGUGCUGGAGCUGCUCAGCACGCGGAAGAACAUCUACAACGUCCUGCUGCAGAACUACCCGAGUCUGCUGAUAUCGUCGAGGAGCUUCAGCGACUCCGGCACCCUGCACGACCAACUGAGCACCCCGUCGGCUCGAUUCAUACCCACACCGAGCCCCUUGGCCGAGCUGAAGGCCGAGGACGCCGGCGACGUCCGCGGCGACGAGCAACAGCACCGGUCGGCGGAACAGCCGGCGUAUUUGUGUUGGCUGAGGAAGGUCGACCCCGACGCCUCGCUGAGACGUUCCAGCACGCUCGAGCAGCCGAGGAGGCUGCCCACCGCCUACCUGAAGGACAUCCGAUCGCACAGGCACAGCUUGACUUACAGGGGCGCCAUGUUGAACAUCAAUCGGUACCGUCUGCGGGCCUCGAGCUGUCCCGAUAUCUACCGGGACUCGAUGACCACGAUCGCCAAGACGAAGCUGGCCUGGCACAACGGGCUCUGGGAGUUCUGGGACCUGAUCGUCGACAUGCUGGACUUUUCGUAUUUCGCCAACUCGAGAUACCUCCUGUUCGCCAUCAGCAACUUUCUCCUGCACACGUGGUACGACGUGCCUUAUGUCUAUCUGACGGACAACGCGAUCGAGGUUGGAUUCAGCGAGACGGACGCGUCUAUAUUGAUCUCGGUGAUCGGGAUCACCAACAUGUGCGGCGAGAUUUUUCUAGGCUGGGCCGGCGACAGAGCGUGGGUGGACGCGUCCAUCGUCUAUGGGGUGUGCAUGGUGCUCUGCGGUGCCGCUACCGCUCUGAUACCCGUAGUUGUCAGCGACUACUAUACUCUAUGUGCAAUCUCUGGUGCCUUUGGAUUAUUCAUCGCAGCAAAUUACAGCCUCACUAGCAUCAUCCUUGUCGAGCUGAUCACCUUGGAAAGGUUCACGAGCGCUUACGGCCUUCUCUUACUGGUACAAGGAGUCGCCAAUCUGAUGGGUCCUCCGCUAGCUGGGUGGCUGUACGACAUCACGGGCACAUACGACCUGUCCUUCUACUUGGCCGGGUUCUUCAUCGCGUUGAGCGGCAUAAUGCUGCUGGUAAUGCCUCUGUUCGGCUUAUACCGACGUUACCGGGACGGGUCCAAGGAGGAGACCACCGAUAAGGAAUUUACUGCGAUCAACAACGUGUAAAUACGCCGAAAAUUUAUCGUGAGAACCAGCCAGAGACGUCACGGGCGAGCGAGCGGGCGCGCCCGAUUCCAAUUGCAAUUGGUGAUCGCGAUGUCACGAGGGAAUUGCGACAGCUCGCGGGAAUUGCCAACGGGCACUCGUUCAUUUCGUAGCAGUAUCGCUCCGCGCGACGCGACGUGCUAUACUAUAUGCGCGAGUCGCUCGAGCCGGCUGUGGUGUAUUACGUAAUUAUAAGUUUGAUGAAAUUCCCACCAACACCAA